UCUCCUUUCCUCCCCCUCCCUCUUGCGAAGGAGAAAAUACCCCUCCCUCACCUCCGCCUCUCUUCCGCGCCGGAGCCACGCCCAACACUUCUCCCCCUCGCCGCCGCCGGAGGCGCUGCGCGUACGGCCUCCUCCCCGACCCCGCAGUAGACCUACCCUUCUCCACAGCUGCGCGCACGGCCGGCGCGAUCGGCCGCGUUCCACCGGAUUCCGUCUCGGUUCGGAUCGAACGGGUGGAUUCUAGGAGGUGGGUGCCAUGUACUUCCCGGAGGAGGUGGUGGAGCUCAUCCUUGGCUUCCUGACAUCGCACGGCGACCGCAAUGCCGCGUCGCUGGUGUGCCGGGCGUGGUUCCGCAUCGACCGCCUCAGCCGCCGCUCGGUGUUCGUGUGCAACUGCUACGCGGUGCGCCCGGAGCGCGUGCACGUGCGUUUCCCCCGCCUGCGCGCGCUGAGCGUCAAGGGAAAACCGCACUUUGAUCUUGUCCCUGCGGGGUGGGGUGCCAUGGCGGAGCCAUGGGUUGGUUCGUGCGCCGCUGCGUGCCCUGGCCUUGAGGAGCUCCGGCUGAAGCGAAUGGUUGUCACUGAUGAGUGCCUCAAGCUGCUCGCUCGCUCAUUCCCCAAUUUUAAGUCGCUUGUCCUUGCUAGCUGCGAGGGGUUCAGCACUGAUGGUCUUGCUGCUGUUGCUACCAAUUGCAGAUUUAUCAAGGAACUGGACUUACAAGAGAGUUUGGUGGAGGAUCGAGGUUCACGCUGGCUUAGAUGUUUCCCCAAGCCUUCUACAUCAUUAGAAUCCUUAAAUUUUUCUUGCUUGACUGGGGAAGUGAAUGGUCAUGCAUUGGAAAAACUGGUUGCAAGGAGCCCAAAUCUUAGGAGCUUGAGAUUGAGUCGCUCAGUUCCACUUGAUGUUUUAGCCAGAAUUCUUUCUCACACACCUAGGCUGGUGGAUUUAUGUACAGGAUCUUUUGUACGAGGCAAUAUUGCUGAUGCAUACACUGCGCUAUUCAAUGGUUUCCAUCAUUGCAGUUUGCUGAGGAGUUUAUCUGGGCUUUGGGAUGCUACAAACUUCUUUAUUCCAGUGAUAGCUCCUGUUUGCAAUAAACUAACAUGCUUGAACCUUAGCUAUGCUCCAAUGGUCCGGAGUGCUUACCUUACUGCAUUUAUUCGUCAGUGCAAGAAUCUCCAAAACUUGUGGGUAUUAGAUCAUAUUGGUGAUGAAGGUUUGAAAAUUGUAGCCUCCUCAUGUAUAGAGCUCCAAGAGUUGAGGGUGUUUCCUGCAAAUGCAGAUGUCAGAGAAAGCACAGCUGUGACUGAGGAAGGGCUAGUUGCCAUAUCUGCAGGGUGUAACAAGUUACAGUCUGUGCUCUAUUUUUGCCAACGGAUGACAAACUCUGCAUUGAUUACUGUCGCAAAGAACUGUCCACAAUUCAGUUCAUUCAGACUGUGUGUUGUUGAUCCAGGAUCAGCAGACGCUGUGACAGGGCAGCCGUUGGAUGAGGGUUUUGGGGCAAUCGUUUAUUCAUGCAAAGACCUUAGGCGGCUAUCUUUGUCUGGACUUCUCACAGACAGGGUGUUCCUCUACAUCGGCAUGUAUGCCGAGAGGCUGGAGAUGCUUUCUGUAGCAUUCGCAGGAGAUACCGACGAUGGCAUGACCUACGUGCUCAAUGGCUGCAAGAAUCUCAAGAAGCUGGAAAUCAGGGACAGUCCAUUUGGUGAUAGCGCACUUCUUGCAGGCAUGCCUAAGUACGAGGCAAUGCGCUCACUCUGGAUGUCCUCAUGCAAUAUCACCCUGGGGGCUUGCAAGUCUCUUGCAGCAAACAUGCCAAACCUCAAUGUCGAGGUCAUGAAUGAAGCAGCAAGAAUCGAUGAGGCAGAUGAGGAUGCUAACAAUGCAAAGAAGGUGCAGAAGCUCUAUAUUUACAGGACAGUCGCUGGACCAAGGGGUGAUGCGCCUGAAUUCAUCUCUAUAUGCUGAAUCCAUAUAUUUUUGCUGUUGAAGGGUGGUUCUUGGACACCUCCCUUUUGUAUAUAUAUUCCUUUGCUAUCAUACUCUGGUACGCCAAAUCCAUCUACAUAUUCCAAAGAUCCAUCUAUCCAUGUUCCAAUGGUUCUAUGACCGCAUUUUAUGUAAAUUCCUUUACUGCUACCUCUGCUGCCGUUAUCCUUCAUCAGUGCUAGACUUAUGAUUAAUCUCCAAUUUUGGAACUCUUAGUCAUGGCUUUAGCUUAAACCUUGUCAAAGUACCUUAUUCUAGCAAGUCAUAAACGGUGAUUCAUCUUCAUGUAUAUAUUGGUUUCAUAUCAGUGCUCCCCUGUAUUGUCUGGGGAAAUUUUAGUGUCAAAUUGUUGCUUUCCUUAGUCGAAAGAUACUUAUAUUCUGAUAAUCAGUUAAAUCUGACGAACAUCUGAUCUUGUAGCUGGACACUUGUAAUUUGUGGCAGCAUUUCAGCAUUUACAAGUUGAGAAUUCCUUUCUGAUGUCACAUCCUAAAUGUCCCUCUCGUUAGAAGACAGGCGAGUUCGAGGUCACCAAAUUUCGCUGUCAGUUUGUAGCGUGUGGUGUACUGGUGUUCACAGUUAGAUAUCAGCAUCAUGUGGGGCUAUCAUACACAUGCUUAUUCCUGCGCGGUUUAACGAACUUCAAUUAAUUAUCACCUUUACGUUGGCCAGGCUAGCAUGAUUUUCAGAUAAUUAAGGU